AUGCAGUGGUCAGUAGGACUAGUUUUAUUGCUCUUAGUGAGUAUUAGGGCCCAGAAGGAAAAGAUCAAGGGAGAAAAGACAAUAAUAGCAGACGCUGAUCCUUACAACUUCGACCCGUACUACGGAAAUGGAGGAGGAGGAGGUGGAUACAACCCGUACGACAGAGUGCCAGGUACCCGACCAAAAGACCCAGAAUGUAAGAACUGUGAACAGAGGCCCUACAUCGUAAAGGGUGACACCGGGACCACUGGUAAACCAGGAUUUGAGGGCCCUAGAGGAGGUAGUGGUGAGCCGGGACCUCCUGGUAAUCCUGGAGCUAUGGGCAGCAGGGGUCCAGCAGGAGCAGCAGGACCAAGAGGGCUAGCCGGAGAAGUGGGUGAGGAAGGACCAGCGGGUAGCAAGGGAUUUGAAGGAGCCAGAGGACGACCAGGCAGACCAGGUAGACACGGCGUAGACGGUAACCCCGGACAAGCUGGUAUAGAUGGGUGUAACGGUACCAGGGGAGAUGAUGGUACUCCUGGUACCCCCGGAGUUAUAGGUCUCCCUGCAUCUGCUGGUAAUGACGGUGCCCCGGGAACUCCAGGCAAUAGAGGGCUGCCAGGAGAUGUUGGCAAGGUUGGAGAGGCUGGAAUCGGGGGAUACCCAGGGACUCCUGGUCGACCAGGAAAUCGAGGCGAGCCCGGAGAGAGAGGGUCGAAUGGUAUAGUCGGAACACCAGGAUUUGUUGGAGACCUAGGUCGGGCUGGCAAAGAUGGAAGACCUGGUAGACCAGGCUUACCUGGUGCUCUCGGACAAUCAGGAUUAUCAGGGGAGAGAGGGGAGCCAGGUAGGGAUGGAAGGAACGGCUAUGCUGGAGCUGGAGGUGAGCCUGGAGUACGAGCUAGGGAUGGGAACCCCGGUCGAGACGGAAGACCAGGUUUACCGGGAGCUCGAGGAGGCACUGGAAGGAAAGGAAUAUCCGGUACACCCGGAGAACAGGGUGUGUCAAUCACUGGAGGUAGAGGUGAUGUAGGGUUACCUGCAGCUGGCCGAGUUAAAAUUGGUACUCCUGGAUUCAGAGGAGAUGCGGGUAAACCAGGAACGAAUGGAGCUAAAGGAAACAAAGGCUCUAUCGGAGCUGACGGUCGUAAUGGCUUUGCUGGAAGGCCGGGAGAGAAUGGUGCGUAUGGUAAAGCUGGUGUAGAUGGGAAAGCAGGAAAACCAGGGAUACCAGGAAAACCAGGAAGUAGAGGUGAAGGAGGAGUGUCAGGAGAAGUAGGAGAUCCAGGUAUGCCUGGGAGAGCUGGUAACAGAGGGUUACCCGGGACACCUGGAUAUGAGGGAGAACGGGGUGAAUUAGUGGGUGGUAGACUCGGAGAACCAGGAGCUGAUGGAAAGAUAGGACUGCCUGGCAGAAAGGGACUACGUGGGGAAAAUGGGCAGCUCGGCAGAAACGGUACACCCGGCCAGAAAGGUCUUGCAGGAGAUGUAGGGAUAGACGGUACUCCAGGCAGGUCUGGACUACUAGGGUCUCGAGGAAACGUGGGGAAGCCUGGAAAGAACGGUUUCGCGGGCAGACCUGGUAACCCGGGUACUCCAGGAAAAAGAGGAGAGAAUGGAAACUCAGGAUCACCUGGCAGGCCAGGAUACGACGGUGUACCAGGAGAGAAGGGCACGUCAGGAGUCAACGGUUUGGCUGGAAGACCUGGGACACCCGGGGAGAGGGGAACUGAUGGUAUCAACGGAGAGCCGGGUUUGGACGGACUACCUGGCCGAGACGGUCGUAAAGGAGCUGGCGCUUACGAUGGGAGACCUGGCUUACCUGGUGCACCCGGUCAAAAAGGUAACUCUGGUAUCCCCGGAAAAAGUACCCCGGGUAGAGUAGGAGAACCUGGAAACAUUGGCAGGGACGCAGUGAGGGGAGAACCUGGUAACGAUGGUUUACCUGGUAGACCAGGACUUAGGGGACAGCCAGGAGCAGCAGGAAAUCCAGGAAGAAGAGGAGGUCCAGGAGAUCAAGGAGAGGCUGGUCUUAACGGAGAUCCUGGACUUCCGGGAGAAACCACUUUUGGACUGCCCGGAUCACGAGCAGAGCCAGCUGCUGAUGGAAAGCCAGGGAUGAUGGGGAGGCCCGGAGAGCGAGGAGUAGCUGGCACCCCCGGACUUCCUGGUAGAGACGGAUAUCCGGGAACUGUGGGACCGGACGGGAACCCGGGUACUGACGGGAUACCGGGACAACCUGGGGAACCUGGCAGGGACGGAAUGAAAGCCAGAGACGGAGUAGCAGGACGAAAGGGGAGACAAGGAGACCCAGGCUUGAGAGGGCGUCCCGGUAACGCUGGUUCUGAUGGAACUCCUGGCAGACCUGGCCUUGAUGGAGAAAUGGGACGAAAUGGACUGGGAAUUAAGGGUUAUCGAGGAGAACCCGGAACAAGGGGAUUGGACGGAGCCCUUGGGCAGCCAGGUGAUGCUGGUAAUGACGGUAACCCUGGUAACCCCGGACUCCCUGGAAAUAAAGGAUAUCCAGGAUACAAUGGCUUACCAGGACGGUCAGGUAUGAGAGGACGAAAUGGGAUGCCUGGCGAGCGAGGAACCCCCACCGUGAGAGAAGGGUUGCCCGGAGCUAAGGGUACACCUGGAUACGGCAGACCCGGUCUACCUGGACCGAGGGGUGUACCAGGGGUAAAUGGAAUACGAGGAAUGCCAGGAGACCCAGGCGAGAGAAGAACACUACCUCCCGGUGACGCUGGAUUACCCGGACGACCUGGUGUUCCCGGUAAAAAUGGACUGGCCGGAGACCCGGGUCUGCCAGGUCGAUCAGGGUUCCCUGGUACACCAGGAGAGUCUAGGAAUGGAAGAGAUGGGUUGCCCGGUAGACCGGGUUAUAGGGGGGAUCCUGGAACGAGAGGAAAAGAUGGCCUUAAUGGAGAAAGGGGUGUUAAUGGAAUGCCGGGUCGUCCCGCGUACGGAACCGUCGGAAACCCAGGAGUAGCAGGGAGGGAUGGUAGAAACGGGUUACCUGGCAGGAAGGGUUACCCUGGGGACCCUGGACGGAAUGGUUUGAGAGGUAUUCCUGGUAAAGAUGGGGCUCUGGGUACUGCUGGAGAAGCUGGCCUUCCUGGUAGAGAUGGAUACCCAGGACGUGACGGGUACCCUGGUGCCAUGGGUGAUCCUUCAUAUGGUCUGCCCGGUACUAAUGGAGGUAAAGGUGAACCUGGUGAAGCUGGUACUACAGGGAACGAUGGAAUUGAUGGUAUACCGGGAACUCCUGGUGUUGAUGGAAGGAAAGGAUUCCCCGGCAAUAACGGACUAUCUGGACGGAAUGUGAAAGGCAACCCAGGAACACCUGGAACGAACGGACGUCCCGGAGAAACCGGCUUAAUUGGAACUAAUGGAGCGGACGGAGCAGCAGGAAGAGCAGGGAGAAAGGGAUACCCUGGUAAUCCCGGUAUUAGUGGGACCCCUGGUGUGAAGGGAGAUAGCGGGGAUGUCGGACUUUCUGGUCGAAAAGGCUACCCAGGAAGACUGGGUUCCCCCGGCAACAGAGGAUCCAUUGGUCCAGCUGGAGACACCGGAGCUGACGGAUCUCCAGGGUAUGGUGGACUACCUGGUCGAGAUAGCAGCCCCGGCAGGAAAGGGUACCCUGGUGACCCUGGGUUAUCUGGUGCAGACGGUAAAGCUGGAGCACGAGGAGCUGAUGGUAAUAAGGGACAGCCGGGGUUGGAGGGAUUCACCCCUAGUAAUGCUCCUGCUGGUCCACCUGGGUUUAUAGGCUCCCGAGGUGAUCAGGGAGACAAGGGUAAGACUGGUUACACUGGCACACCUGGAGACGAGGGAAAGUGUGGUGACAGUGGUCUGCCAGGUGAAGUGGAGUCUACACCAGAACAGCUUGCAGGAGAACCAGGAGAACCAGGAGAAGCUGGAGGCAAGGGUAGCGUUUUAAACACCCAAUACGCUCAAAUACAGACAUACGCAUUCCACUCCCAGACCAACUCGUUUCAGGCGUGUCCAAGUGACCACAUGCCUGGAUUAUUGCGUCUCAGGAAUGACGGAGAAAUUAUGCGGGGAUUCAGUUUCCACUACUUUGACUCCUCCUCUGGUAGUGGGACAUGGAGUACCUCUCAGCAACCGGGCACUUCCUGUAUGGCCACCUUCUCUAUCCAGCCUGUUAUGGAGUGCACGACUAACACGUGUGAGGUAAAAGGCGACGACUCUUCCCUGUGGAUGCCAGUAGGUGACAUCCGUGAAGACAUGUCUGCCAUCAGAGUACUACCCUCAAGAGGAACAUAUUGUCGGGGGCAAGGAGAAUGA